CUCCCACAUACUCAUCUAUACAUAAACACACAUACACAACACACAUGCGCACACACUCAAUUCAUCAGAGCCCCACAUACCUGUGCAGGCUGGGGGGGAGCGGAGCUGGAGGGGCUUCUCGGCAGCGUUGUCUCUGAGGGUGCUGUGCCAUCAUUUGGGGGAAGAAGCCGGUCUCAGUUGUUUUCUCUUUCCUCUUCCUCUCAUUCCUGGAAUGCUAAAACUGGACUGAUGGACAUUUCUGAACUUUGUCUUCCAGACCCUCUCAGCUAUCAUAACCAGGCUUUGUUGUCCAAUUCAUUAGAGAGAUUCCUGAGUCCAAUGGCCACGCUGGAGCACUCUCAUUUCUGGCUGCUGAAUAGAAUGGCCGCUGAUGAACGGCAUCUACCCUCCAGCUGUGGGUCCUACAUCAAAACUGAGCCAUCCAGUCCCUCCUCGGUCAUCGACACAGUCAGUCACCACAGCCCCAGUGGCAACUCGGACGCCAGCGGUGGCUAUGUCAACACCAUGAACAGCCACUCGAACGGCCUGGACUCUCCGCCCAUGUUCACCCCCAGCGGGCUGGGUGCCGGCUCCUGCCGCAAGCGCUACGACGACUGUUCCAGCACCAUCAUGGAGGACUCGUCCAUAAAGUGUGAAUACAUGUUGAACUCCCUCCCCAAGAGGCUGUGCCUGGUGUGUGGAGAUAUAGCCUCGGGGUAUCACUAUGGGGUAGCUUCUUGUGAGGCCUGCAAAGCCUUUUUUAAAAGGACAAUACAAGGUAACAUAGAAUACAGCUGUCCUGCCACAAAUGAAUGUGAGAUCACAAAACGGAGACGCAAAUCAUGUCAGGCCUGUCGCUUCAUGAAAUGCCUCAAAGUGGGGAUGCUCAAAGAAGGUAAGAAGAGGGUUCGUUUGGACCGUGUGCGAGGGGGCAGACAGAAGUACAAGCGGAGGCUGGACGCAGAAAACAACCCGUACCUGGGCUUGACACUCCCCCCUCCGACCAAAAAGCCUCUGACAAAGAUAGUGUCUCACCUGUUGGUGGCAGAGCCGGAGAAGAUCUAUGCCAUGCCUGACCCCACCAUGCCGGAGAGUGACAUCAAGGCUCUCACCACGCUGUGCGACCUAGCUGACCGAGAGCUGGUGGUCAUCAUUGGCUGGGCUAAACACAUCCCAGGAUUCUCCACCCUCUCCCUGGGAGACCAGAUGAGUUUACUGCAGAGUGCCUGGAUGGAAAUCCUCAUCCUCAGCAUCGUGUUCCGCUCACUGCCGUACGAGGACGAGUUGGUGUACGCAGAGGACUACAUCAUGGACGAGGAGCACUCGCGGCUGACGGGCCUGCUCGACCUGUACGUCUCCAUCCUGCAGCUGGUCCGCAAAUACAAGAAGCUCAAAGUAGAGAAAGAGGAGUUUGUGACCCUCAAAGCCAUCGCUCUCGCCAACUCAGACUCCAUGCACAUAGAGGACAUGGAGGCGGUCCAGAAGCUGCAGGACGCUCUCCAUGAGGCCCUGCAGGACUUCGAGAGCAGCCAGCAUCAGGAGGACCCACGGCGGGCUGGCAAACUGCUCAUGACACUGCCUCUGCUGAGGCAGACGGCCACUAAGGCUGUGCAGCACUUUUACAGCAUCAAGGUGCAGGGCAAGGUGCCCAUGCACAAACUCUUCCUGGAGAUGCUGGAGGCCAAGGUCUGAUGGAAGGACCAGGAGGCCAAUCGGCUACGGCAUCAGUGAAGAGCAACAUUAAGGACACGGAAAAUGACUUGAACCAAGGCUGGGGGUUCUUGGGAGGGGGAGACACAUGGACAGUGCAGGACGGAGACUGAUAUCCUUUGCUCCUCCUCUUCCUUGAAUCAUGGGACACAACAUAAUAAAAAAAACAAGUGGAAAACGUGGGUAUUAGUAUAAAUAUUAAAAUGAUGCAGAUUAAUUUAAAUAUAUAAGAAAUGCUAUGUACAGUUUUUUUCUUUUAUUUUGGUAAUUGUCAGUGCUGCACAUGAAGAAGGACCCUUCUGCUACUCAGCAUCUUCAGAAUGAGCAAAUCUUUUUUCAGAAAGCAAAAGUUCCUAAAACUCAUUCAGGAAAAAGCUACGGUGUCAGCAACUGUACCUGGACUCACUUGUCUCGCUCUUGCGUUUUUUAGCCUGGACUCAACCAGGACAUGUAAAUAUUUAUUAUUUGGAAGGUUGAGUGUACAGUUCAAAGUCUGGCGAACCUGGUGGCCAUUUUUCUCCUCCUGCAAAAGAAAAAAGAAAAAAGCUGAAACGAGGGAAGAUGUUGCCUAAAUGUGAACUCUUUUAUCAGUUAAAAUGUCCUUGGAUAUACCUCCCCAGAGCAGUGUGAUCUUCACGUACUGGUCUGGACUGGGACCUUUGCUGGUCACAAAUCUAGCAUCGACAGGUCAAAUAGUUAAUCGUCUUAUGUAGUAACUCAGUAAUAAAGAGAGCUGUUGGAAAGCUGGGCUAAUUUCCUAUCUUUCAUGUGCUUUUUUUAUGCUGCUGUUGCUUCUCAGACACACAAGUUUUGCAGUCGUAAUUCCCCGUUCCUGAAGAGGUCUGCAUGGGUGGUUCUCGUGCUCUAAAACUUAGAUUUGGCCAUUGGUUAAGCCUGUGGAAAUUGCUUCUCAACAUGCAAAUAGAUGACCUGAUUCAGCCUAGGUGAAAGAUGAUCAGCAGGCUUUUGGUCUGGAAGUUUCAAAGGAUUUAUGGCGAGUGGCAGGAGUCUGAGAUUCCGUGUUCAAACAAUCAGAGGCCCGCAUGUCAGCCGUGCUCUAUUUUUGGGCCUCUUAAGCCUGUGGCCGAGUCAUCCCACACACAGGGAGCAAGGUGUCCAGCAUCUGCUCUCGCCGUUUUAGACACCUCCCGUCUUUUAAUAGGCACGCCUGCUUUUAUAGGACUCCGACCAAACGGAGGUGAACGGCAGGUGCAAGCCAGAAGCCGUGGCCCAUCACAGCGGGCUUAUUUUUACCCAGUGGGAGGCUGUUUUCUGCACAGGAGUACAGUAGGCACGUGAAACAGCACCUCUUGACCUCAUGUUGACACGGUGGCCGGUGCAGAGUAACACCCUUCCCCACCGGCCAGGAGGCAGGCAUCUGUGAUGAGAACGCCGAGUGCCCAAUCAUGCACAUGUGAACAGCUAUGCAAGAAACAAAAUGUCAUCACGCCUCAAAGGGGAAACGGCAACUCGACAGUGUGUCUGUACAAGGUGUGAUCUCUGGUGGGGAGACCGAUACCCCCCACUCAUCGAGUUUAGCUACAGGUUCAUUACGAUAAGUGUGCCGUCCACUGCUCUCCUCGUGGAGAGGAUUUUGUCACACUGUGAUCAAAGGGAUCCGUUCGAGCUGCAGCCAUGCCCGUGAUGCCAAAACCAGGCGUGCGUUUCUACACAGCCACCUGAUUGGCCACCAAAUGGAGGAAGGCUAUCUUCUGUUCAUCAAAAACUUAAACUAGUCCAAUGUUCUAAUGUAGAGGAUAAAAACUACUGUUGUGCAAUACAACGGGACCAAUUCUGACUGGUCAUGCUAAAGGCAUGCUUUUGGCAAAAUGUUCAUUGUUUGGUGAAAUAAGUUCAUUUACUACAAUCUAUCCUGCAACACCAAUAAAUAAAUAAUGUAUCAUUGCAGAUUGUGUCCAUUGUAAAUAUAUAAAGUACCGCCAUCGGGAAAUGAAGUAUGCAGCUCCCUGCUGACUACUACCUCAUUGUCAAUUUGUCGACGUUUAUCCGAAAUUACCUGUUUUAUUCUCACAUCUUCACAUACCUGAGCCAUCAUCGUUGUUUUAUCAAUAAAAGAAUAACAGGUUACUCUCCCUCAUUGUUCUUGCCAAAACAUUUGUAACUAGUUCUGGGUUUUUCGCAUCCUGUCAAUCCUCGACAGACUGUAAAGGUAAAAGCAUGCUUCGUGUUGACCAUACGACUUGACCAUCAGUGGGUUUGAGCCCCGUUCUGGUUGCUGUGUUUGUAUGAGCAUCAGUGUGUCAGAAUUGGUCCCUUGAUGACGAAUUGCAGAAGGGGGCGGGUAACUUGAGUUCCUGCUUCUGUGCUACGAGUAUUUAUUGUGUGAAAUAUAUCAUUUGGCAAUGGUGUACAUUGAUAUCUCUGAUUGUUGAAUCACCAAUAUCUGUGUAAUUUUCUGUUUUUGAUUUUCAAAAAGGCUAAAAGGAAUCAAUGAAUUAAAUACUCACUGAACUCUG